AUGUUUCUAUCUGUUACAGUGUGCCUGCUGUCGCUGUUCCCCACGGGCAAUAGCAACACAUCGAAGCAGGGAAUAGAUCUGCAGGAUGUCGUAUUUCUGCUGCUGAGUCAACCCAACAGCUACCACGCCGGACGCGCCGACGUCUUCAAACGCCACCUGGUGGAGCAAGCAGAGGCGAUCAGUGACACACCGCCCAGGCUGAUCUAUCUACACGAUCAGUGGCCGCAGACGGGAGCAUGGACGAUGUUGCCUAUAGUCUCUAGUCUGGUGCGGACACACAUGAGGAACGCAACGUGGUUGUUCAUCUGUGAGGAAGAGACGCGGGUGCACCUGCCGCGCCUCCUACACACGCUCUCACGAUACGAUGCGAAGAAGGUAGGUGGCAGCACCGGCGACACGCGUCCGCGCGAGCCCGCGAUUACGGUGGUAGUCACGUGA